ACUUUAGACUUAAAAACAUUGUUGUAUCAGAUAUCAGUGUAUAUGAGCGAGUGAUUUUCAAAAUGUGGGAUAUGAAAAAGCAUUGCAUAUUACAUCUGUACUAUGUAAAUUCUGAGCCUUGUUAGUAGAGAGACACGAAAUUCCAUAUUUCAUAUUCCAUAAUAUAUAUUAAACCGUGUUCUGUACAGUCGAUAUUUUAUGUCCAUAAGUUCAAGUCAGAAUCUGGAAAUUUGUGGAUGAUGUGAUUGUAUAUUUUUUAUGUUGGUGAGAAAUUAAUGAAAUUAGUGAGAAACAUUUACAUUAUAAAAUAUACAUGAAUUACAACUAAUAAUAUUUCUAAUGAAUAAAAGAAUUUACUCUUAACAGUGUUAAGUAACAAGAUUUUUGAAAAAUAUUUUUUCAAAUACAUUAGAAAAUAUGGCACACUAUAAAGGAGCAGCCAGCGAAGCUGGCCGAGCAAUGCAAUUGAUGAAAAAAAGAGAAAUUGCUCAACAAGAAAUAGAAUUAAGGAAAAAGAAAAUAGAAGAUGACCUAAAGAUUCAUAACAUAGAAAAUAAAUUUGCAACUCAUUACAAUGCAGUUGAACAACAGUUGAAAACCUCUACUAUUGGUUUAGUCACCUUAAAUGAAAUGAAAGCAAAACAAGAGAAUAUUGUAAAGGAACGUGAAAGAAAAUUAGCACAAAAGGAACGUGAAAAGGAACAAGAAAAAGAAAGAGCCCUAGCUGCAAAGCAAGCUGAAAAAAAUAAGCAGAAGAAACAAAUACAAGCUUUGUCGUUUAAUUUAGAUGAAGAUGAAGUAGAACUUUCUGAAGAGGAGGUAGAAUCAAAAGCAGAAACUUUAAAAGAUAAUGAUAUUGGACCAGUAAUAAAAAAAAUAAAGAAAAAUCCAGAUGUAGAUACAAGUUUUCUACCUGAUAGAGAAAGAGAAGAAGAAGAGAACAGAUUAAGGGAAGAAUUAAGACAAGAGUGGGCUAGAAAACAAAAUGCAUUAAAAGAAGAAGAGAUUGAAAUUACUUUCAGUUAUUGGGAUGGUUCUGGACACAGAAGAAGUGUUAUUAUGAAAAAAGGUAAUUCCAUUUAUCAACUUCUUCAGAGAUGUUUAGAAGUUUUAAGACGUGAAUUCAGUGAACUUAAAACAGUCAUGGCUGAUCAAUUAAUGUAUGUCAAAGAAGAUCUUAUUUUGCCACAUCAUUAUACAUUUUAUGAUUUUAUUGUAACAAAGGCAAGAGGAAAGAGUGGGCCUCUUUUUACAUUUGAUGUUCAUGAUGAUAUCCGUGUUAUGCAUGAUGCUUCUGUUGAAACAGAAGAAUCUCAUGCUGGAAAAGUAUUACUUAGAUCUUGGUAUGAAAGAAAUAAACAUAUAUUUCCUGCCAGUCGAUGGGAACCUUUUGACCCAACAAAAAGUUAUGAUAAAUACACAAUAUCAGAUAAAAAUAGGAAAAAAGAUAAAAUUUAAUGAAAGAUAGCUUGUAUAGGAAAUAAUUGUACAAAAGAAUUAAUACAUAUUGUGUUCAGUAAAGAAAAAUUGUUAUUUUAGGAGAACUUUUUGUUUUGUUAAAAGUAUUACAUAAUCAAUAAAUAUUAAUACCUGUAUUUUAACUAUA